AUGUCGGACCAUGAUAUUCUUGACAUUCCGAGUGUUCUGACCAACAUUUCCAGCUGCACUAUUUCACAACCUGGUAGCGACGAGUACGAAAAGAGUAACAACUCAUACUUUAGUGCAUUUGAGAAUGAGCUGAAGCCUCGUUACAUUGCUCAACCGAACACGGCGCAACAAGUACAAGACCUGAUCAAGGAACUUGGCUUCCAUGCCACUUCCGGCAAUAUCCAAGUGGCUAUUCGAGGUGGCGGACAUACUCCGUUCGCAGGCAGUGCAAACAUUCACAAUGGCAUCACGAUUGACUUGCGAGGAUUGAAGGGUGUGGCACUUAGCGCCGACAAGUAUACAGUGACCAUUGGUGCUGGAGAGACAUGGACCUCUGUCUAUCAGGAGCUGGAGAAGUAUGGCCUUACCGUUCCAGGAGGUCGUGUUGGUCGCAUUGGUGUUUCUGGCUUCCUUCUCGGGGGUGGGUUAUCAAUGUUCUCGACACGUACAGGCUUCGCCUGUGACUCGGUCAUCGAGUUUGAGGUUGUCCUUUCAUCAGGAGUACUCGUGCGGGCCAAUGCCGAGGAGCGCGCAGAUCUUUGGAUUGCUCUCAAGGGUGGCCUCAACAACUUUGGCGUCGUCACAUCUUUCAAGAUGAGGACAAUCAAAUCUUGCGACAUCUGGGGUGGCGUAACAUACUACAUGCCGGGCACUUUCAACGAAGUACUCCAGCGUGCUUGUGACUUUGUGCACAAUGAACAAGAUAUCGAUACCCACAUCAUGUGCAGUGCUGGUUACGGUUAUGGCCACCAAGCUGUGUCGUGCGUCAUGUAUCACACUGGUGGCAUCGAGAAUCCCCCGUCGCUGCAACGCUUCACUUCAAUUGAGCCGCAAAUCUCGCAAAUGUGCACCAUGAGAACAGCCAAGCACCUGGACUUUUGCGACGAGUUGUCCAAGUUCUCUACUGAUGGCAUACGCCAAUAUUGGGCGUCAAUCACGGUCAAACCAGACAUAUCCAUGAUGGAAAUGUUCCACGACAAAUGGCAAGAAGCUCUUGCCAAGAUCAAGGAUGCCGAGGGAUUCAUCUUCUCCUUUGGAUUUCAUCCGCUGACCAAAGCGCUUCUUGAGAACUCGAAAAAGGCCGGCGGCAAUGCCAUGGCCAUACCCCCUUCUGAUGGUCCGUUGCUUGUCAUCUUGAUCAAUCCCAUCUGGACGCUCCCAGAGGACGAUGAGCGCAUAUUCCAAACGGUUGGGGCGCUUGUAGACGAGCUUCGAAGUAUUGCGACUGAGAAGGGAUUGCUACAUCGCUACAUAUUCACAAACUAUGCCUUCAAGGAGGACGAUGUCAUUUCUGGUUACGGUGAGGAAAGUGUCUUAAAGCUAAGGGAGGUUAGCAGGAAAUAUGAUCCCGAAGGCAUGUUCCAAAAGGGCGUCCUGGGUGGGUUUAAGCUGCCCAAAUAG